UCCUACAAAUCUGAAGAUGGGCUGCAGACGCACAGACUGCCUGGCAAAGCCUCUGUCAGGCCUUUUUGAAAAACUUGGAUCACUUGUAGGCUCCUAUCCAUUUUAUUUUUUUGUGAUUCCUCUCAUACUCUCAGCAGCGCUUGGCGCAGGCUUCACUUUUCUCAGCGACAGGGAGGACAAUGACUUUGAGCGGCAGUUCACACCCAGGAAAGGACCCUCGAAGGCAACAAGAGCUUUUGUCAGGGAAAACUUCCCCUACAAUGACUCCAUGUUUUCAGCGGACAGGUUGUACGACAUCGGCAACUUUGCAUCCCUCAUUGCUGUAUCGACUAACAGCUCAAGUAUACUUACGAAUCCUGCUUUUGCGGAAAUCCUCAAGCUCAACGAUGAGAUCCUUAAUAUCACUGUGCACAAUGGGAGCCUGGGAUUCAGUGAGUUAUGUGCAAAAGCCAACGGAGAAUGUGUCUCAAACAUCGUCCUGGAAAUUAUUAGCGCUAAUGCAACCAGCAUCAUCUUCCCUGUACACUGGUACAGAUCGAGUUCAGUGUUUCUUGGCUCUGUGCUUGGCGGGGUGAUCACAGAUGCCAACAGCUCAGUCGUGAGUGCUCAGGCUAUAAAACUCAUCUACUACUUAGAUAACAAGGAAAGCUCAGCUGACGCCUCAAAAUUAUGGCUGAGAGGAUUUCAAAAACUCUUAUCAGAUGCGACUGACUGCAAACACAUUGACGUGUCUUACUACACCUCCAAAUCCAGGCAGGAGGAGAUUGACAGUCACACCACAGAUGGCUUCCCUUUAUUCCUCAUCAGUUAUGCCUGUGCUAUCACUGUCUCAGUGAUAUCCUGCCUGAGAUUGGACAAUGUGAGGAACAAGGUGUGGGUGGCCUUUUUUGGUGUCUUAUCCUCGGGUCUGGCCAUUGUCUCCUCUUUUGGCUUGUUACUUUACAUCGGAGUGCCAUUUGUUAUAACAGUGGCAAACUCUCCUUUCCUGAUACUUGGAAUAGGUCUCAACAACAUGUUCAUAAUGGUGUCCGACUGGCAGCACACCAAAGUAAAAGACCCAGUUCCGAAGCGGAUGGCUCACUCUUACAAAGAAGCUAUCAUGUCCAUCACCAUCACCACCCUGACCGACUUCUUCAAGUUCUCCAUAGGCAUCACGUCCGACUUCCCAUCAGUGCAGUCGUUCUGCCUGUACACCAGCGUCUCCAUUAUAUUUUGUUACAUAUACACAAUCACCUUCUUUGGAGCCUUCUUGGCUGCAAAUGGGAGACGAGAAGCCAGCAACAGACACUGGCUGACUUGCAUGAAAAUACCAUCAGACAAUCCUGAUCAUCGUUCGGUGAUAUAUAACAUCUGCUGUGUGGGAGGCAACUAUGACAAGAACACUGGAGCUGAGGAAAAAAAAACAAUUAUUUUUUUUAAGGAUUACUAUGGUCCGUUUUUGAUCAAACCCUGUGUCAAGGGAUUUGUAAUCUUCCUUUAUCUGGUAUAUUUAGCUACGAGUAUUUAUGGAUGUUUCCAGGUAGGCCUACAACAGGGGAUUGAGCUCUAUGAUCUGGCAGCUGAUAACUCCCCCGUUACGAGAUUCAAGUUGAAGAAUAGUCAAUAUUUUUCCGAUUACGGCCCAUCUGUGAUGGUUGUGGUCGGUGAGGAAUUCCAAUACUGGAAUAAAACCAAGAGACACCAACUUCAGGAAUGCGGAGAAGACUUUAAAAAGCUCCACUUUGUGGAUGAGCAUAUCUACACAUCCUGGCUUGACGCUUAUUUAUCAUAUGGACAGGAAACAGAUUUAAACCUUGAUGAUAAAGAAGUUUUUCUCAAAAAUUUAGCAACUUUUUUUGAUUUAUAUCCUUUUUUCAAGCAAGAUCUGAACCUAACUAGGGAUGGCAUCUAUGCAUCCCGUAUCUUCAUCCAGACUGCUGAUAUUACCAAUGCCAACAUGGAAAUUUACAUGUUUACAAGUCUUAAAAGCACUGCUGGUAGAUGCCGUGAGGCGUCUUUAUUAGUCUAUAACCCAUUAUUCAUCUUCUACGACCAGCAUGCCGUAGUAGUUAGUAGCAUGAUUAAAAACGUUGGUGUGAUCACGGGUGUGAUGUUGGUUGUCUCUCUCCUGCUGAUUCCAAACCCCCUCUGCUCAUUAUGGGUGACUUGUUCGAUUGGGUCAGUGACUGCGGGGGUGACUGGUUUCAUGGCGCUAUGGGGCAUGAGUCUGGAUUCAAUAUCCAUGAUCAUUUUUUCCAUCUGCAUUGGCUUCACCGUGGAUUGCUCAGCUCACGUGGCUUACGCCUUCGCCUCAAGCAAGAGAACAAGUUGUGAUGACAAGGUGGUGGAUGCUCUCUCCAGUUUAGGCUACCCCAUCCUUCAAGGAGCCCUGUCAACCAUUUUAGGGGUGUCUGUCUUGGCUACGUCUGAAUUUCACACAUUCAGAACAUUUUUUAAGAUCUUCUUUCUUGUCAUGUUUAUUGGCAUGCUUCACGGCCUCAUUUUCAUUCCAGUAAUCCUGACACUAUGUACAUGCAGAUCAGAUGAAGAUGAAAGUGAAAACAAGAGUUUGAAAAUCAGCAAACUAUGACCACAGGUACAGUGCUGAUGGCAGGCAUGUUGUGUACUUCAGAUCCCAUAAUAAAAAUUUGGGGACAAAAUUUGCUUUAA